AGUUAAGGCGUCAUCUUGCUGCAUGAUGGACCGAAGUCUAUAUUUUGUGGCAACCUGUUAAUACGUGAUAAAACAGUUGUUGGCGCAUUAUAAUUCUAAUUGUUACACUAGCUUGUACACGUUUCAUGAGUCUCGAAAACUAACUCCUAAAAGAUGAGCGAUUCUGGAGAUAAUGUUAAAUACAAGUGGACCCCUGAUAGCACGUCGUUGUUAGUGUCGAUUUGGUCAGAUAGACAAGUGCAAAAGCAACUUGAGUACACGUCGAAACCGCAGCUAAUAUGGGAAAGUGUCGCGCGAUAUAUGAAGAAGAAAGGAUACAAUGUUUCCGCGAAACAGUGUCGAUCUCGGAUGAAACAGGUUUUGGUGUGUUAUCGCGAAGCUAAAAGAGCUGGCACUCGGGCGGGCGUUGAGCAGUAUUACGAAUCUAUUGACAGAGUUCUUAAGAAUAAACGUCUAGAUGAAAAUAUUAAUGGUAUAGAUACUGUAGAUGCUGCAAUAAAUGUUAAGUCGCCUCCAAAAGACGUGAAAACAAAUAGAAAUUUACAAAUGAGACACAAGUUUCAGGAGCCUGUACAGUCACUUCAUCGUACAGAGGCAUUGUCUCCAACAUGGGGAUUAGGACGUGAGAAUGAAUAUCCUGACUCUCCAGAAUCGAAUGAGACUAUAAUAGCUAGGCCGUAUAGAGUCUUUUCUCCCACAAGGGAUGUAGCUAUUAAUACUGGUGAUCAAUUGAUACAAAUAGCUGGUAAAUCAACGCAGUGUAAUGGAAUUGGAAUGGAAGAACCGUUGCUUGCGAGUUACAAACAAAAUUUAAAUUAUCCUUAUGGAGAAGUACCUUUUCAAAAUACCGUGCAAAAUGUGCAGAACCACAUAAUUCAAGAAAAUAUGCAACAGAAUUGUAUGAGUAAUCAACAGCAUAUGUUGGUGAACAAUUUAGGUUUCCAACCAAAUAUGCAUAAUCUGAAUCAGAAUUUUGCAAUGCAAUCUGUGAAUGUCCCAGUAAAAAUUAGUCCUUUGACAGGACAGAAUCCUAGUUUGGAGCAGCUAAUGCAGCAACAAAAUCACUUGCAACAAAUGACGCAAGUGAAUAAUCGUGCGAUGCCGCAAGAACCACGAAAGGUUAUGUUUGGACAGAAUUUAGCUGCUACGUAUAAACAGCAAUAUGGCAAUAUAUUGACUCAUAUGCCUGCUGUGGUGGACACGAAGGAAGGUGGUUGUCUGUCUCCAAAUUAUUCACCAGAUGUAUCUCAAAACUUAAACGAAGCUUUUUGCCAGGCAAAAAACAGCGACAAAACACAUAACUUGGGCGAAACUUACAAUCAAGGUACACAAGUAGAGAAUCCAUUACUAAAUCAAAAUGUUUCUGUGAUAACAAAUAACGCAACCUGCAACGACGAUACCCUGCUAUUAGAAUUUUUAAUGGAUUCCUUAAGUCAAUCAGAAAAUGACAAUAGAUCGAAGGACACUGCUGUUAAUACAGAUAAUAUUCCAAAUGUGCCAAUACGAAAGAAGAAAGCGCAAAAACUAGAACAACUUGUCUUAAGUGCCAUCAGUUCUCAAAAUGAUGUUGUCAAUAAGAUCCUUGCUGCACAAAAUGAUAUGUUAACAAAAUUCUUGGACUUAGAUAGAGAUCGUCAAAACAGACUUGAAAGUCGAUUAGAUGAUUUAGUGAAGGUGGUACACACCACUGUGCUCACAAAACAAUCAUCGGACGCAGACAUUGAAAUACCUCCAUCACCAGAACCCAUCAUAACUUCUCUGGUGCCUCCACCAAGGCCUGGAGCUCCGCCUCCUAAACUGGAUCUAGUUCCUCCAAAACCAUGUCGUGUUCCUUGUACAGUGCCAAAUUCUAACAUCGAAUUAAUCAAUCAGAAUACUGUGACAACAAGGCCAGGUGUUGUGUCGCCUAUAACUAGUCCAGUCAAAAAGCCUGGCACGAUAUGGUCGAAACUUGGACCAGUAUCGCAAUCCCCUUUCGUUAAGGCUCAGCAACGGUUGGGCUUCCAAGUUGCCUCGACCACAGACACUCGUACCCAAUCGUCUGCAGAGAGGCGUAUAGCCAGGGAAGUGGAUAAAAUCCACAUGGAUACAGAAACAUUGAAGUUCGAAACUAAACGGUUCUUGGACAUGGAAAAGCAGUUGGAAGAGAUGAUGGAAAAUGCUCGUCUCGAAGCAAGCAUAAGUCAGACCCUGCACGCUCGCAGAAGAUUAUUUACACAGAGGGAACCUACUGCCGCGAUGAUACUGACGACAGCAUUUUUGGAAAACGAGUGUCGCGCCGCGGAACAAGCUAUGAGCUACUCCGAUGUCGUCGACGUGAACAAAGGAAAUUUAAGGAAUAUCGACGACGAUUUAUUGACUGGCCAAGGAGAAGGCUACGAACAUUUACGUCACUUGAACAUCCAGCCUGCGUGUGUACCUGGCGAACCCUGUGACACCUCUACACCAGCGAAAUUCGGGACCGUUUCUGGUAAUAACGAGAGGACAUCUGUUGCAGCGCCAAAGCAAACGAUUCAACAAUUGGCUCAGCUUGUAAUGAAUACAGGCAGAUGGAAGGAUUUUAAAGUACAACAUGAACAACAGAAUCGUGUGCAACAUAUUCCAGCGAAUGUACAGGGACAACAGAAUCUGGGUCCAAGUGGCUACAGCGAGACAGUUACCACCGUACAACAGAAUGUGUGCCCAACUGGUUACAGCGAGACAGUUCCCACUGUACAACCCACUGCGCCAUCAAGAGAAAGUCAAAUGAACGUUGGCAAAAGUUACGUUAGAGAGUGGAUGCUAAAUAAAUGUGGAGAUCCAGUGGCUGAACCUAAACCAGUUUACGGACCAUCUUAUAAUACCAUAAAUAAGAAACCUAACCUACCUAUUGGUUUCACGAGAACAAUGUUGGACACAGAACAUCCUAGAAGGAGAGAGACCAACGGUGGGGUACGUAAAUCUAUCGGUUUAAACGGUAACGCGAUGCCGGAUCGUAAACAACAGACUGUACGUUUCAUGGACGAGGCGUUGGCCGAGCUGCAACGCAUGUAUAUCGAAAGAAUGUCCAAAGAUCAACAAGAGAAGAAUGACAGUUUACCGUAUGUAGUUGGUAAUGGUAACAACAUUUCUACCCAAAACCGACAAAUGAUUGAGACGUAUAUGAAUGAUAUAAUGCCGAAAAGACAACUGAGGGAUGGCAAAGACAGAAAUACUGAUUCUGAUAAUGAUGAUGAAUUUUUGGACACUACCACUACUAUGCCUAUGAUAGAGCCACGUCGAGGAUCUCUUACGUCCACUGGUACCGGUUCAACGGAAACUGCGCAUUCCAUAAAAUUGGCGAAGGAUAAUUGCGUGAUCAGUUAAUAAUAUUCGCAUGGAAAGUGAAGUAAUUCAGAAAUAAGUAUUUUUUAUGAAUAUACAAGCCAUAUGAUACACGCUAUUAUAUUAGAUUUUAGAGGGAAAAACCUUUUAUUCUUUAUUUUAAUACAUUUGAUAUCGAUGACCCAGCAUAUGAGUCCUGUAAUAUCUCACUCGUUUUGCUGAUAUGGGUCACUUAUAGCACGAUACGUAAAC